AUGGACGAUUACUUCUUUGACGAGUUUGUUUCGGAAUGCAAGUUCUACCUCGAGGAUACCCAAUACCUCGAAAUAUUCAACUAUUCUGGUGCUUUUGAACCUCCAAAGCUGAGAGCGGGCGUAACGUGCACGAGUAGCCUGAGACUAGUACUGCAAGAAAAUGCCCAGCAGCCCGAUACCUUCUCACCGUAUGUCAUAACUCUGACUCACGAUGAGUAUCGUGCGAUGGUUAGAGGCAUGCGCUUGCCCUUUAGGGCGAUUGAAGGCACCGGUGUGGUAGGGCCUUUCUUUUGGUCAUCCCUUGAUCAAGAAGAUGAAGACCCAAAUCUACAAAUGAUAUUCCGCAAGUCUGAUGUCCGUAAGAAAGGCAAGACCCGCGGCUGGGAGACCAUGCUCUCUUACAACUUCCGGACCCGCAUGACUACCGGCUACGCUAAGGGCACUCCUAGCUCCGAUAUUGGCAAGGCUAUCUCUCAUAUAAGGGCCUGUGCGACCCAAAUUGUACAUCCCCUCCUCCUGCCCAUGAUCCUUCUGUCUUAUCAAGUCGCUCCCGACAACGAGAUCCGCCAGCGGCAGGCAAGAGACUGGCUCCGUCGACUCGAACAUGCCAUUAGCGGUCGUGAUGAGAUCAGGGCUGAAGAAUCGUAUGUCACGGCCGGGAUUCUCGACAUGGACGGGAUUACUAGGGACAUGUACGAGUGUAAUGGCCAGGUGCUGUGGAAGAAACCCCAGGCUUAUAUCGACACUAUUCUGGAAUUGGAGAGGGCUAUGGGGAGGUUCAAGACCGGGACUGGGGAUCAAUUUACCAGGGAGCUGGAUAAACUUCAUAAAAGUAUGCUAGCGAGGACGGAAUUUUAUAUGGUCAAGUUGAAGGGGCUGGAGAAUUAUGCGUGGACGACGCUGGAGCGACUGAGGAUUCAGCGGGAAGCGUUAUACAACAUUGCGGCAAUACGAGAAUCUAAACUAAGUCUGCAAAUCGCCAAAGAGCAGAAAUACGUCGCCCACGCCGCCAAGCACGACGGCACAGCCAUGAAGACGCUUUCACUUCUCGGCGCUCUCUUCCUCCCUGGGACUUACCUCGCCUCCGUCUUUAGCAUGACGUUCUUCAACUUUGAAAAAGGUGCCGACCCUGUCAUCGCUCCCAGCCUGUGGAUCUAUUUCGCCAUCACGAUACCCGUAACGGCAGCUAUUGUCGGCACUUGGAUCUUUUUCAACCAACGCCGGAAAAGCAAGUUCAGAAAGGCCCAGCUCGCCGUCGAAGACGAUGUCGAAGUCAUGGAGCGCGAGAUCAUGGCAACGAUUCGGAGGAAGACUCUUAGUAAGGAGAGUACUUGGAACUCCCUAAGUCCUCGGAAACCAUGA